AUGGAAUCUUCUGAGGCAGACGACGACCCCACUCCUCGCCAGAGUCCGAGCAGGCGAGCCUCAUCUUCUUCUUCGUCUUCCCUCGCUGCCUCGUCUGGGGAGCCGCAGCAGCCCUUGUAUCUCCGUUUCCUCCACACACAUCUGCCUUCGCGGGCCCGCAGGCGCCCCUCCGUUUUUUCUUCUUCCUCUGCAUUUUCUUCGCGCUCCGUGUCCUCAGACAGCGGGCACAGCCGACCCCGGGUGAGGCCUUCCGGCUGCAGCGGACGCAGGCGAGACGCCGAAAGCGACGGCGACGAGGCAGACCUUCUGAAGGAGCGACAUGCCCGGGCGCGAGGGCGCAGUGCGAUAGAGACAGGUGCAAACGCCGUCGACGCAGCGCAGACAAGCAGGCGAAAGCGCAUGCGCGACGCAGAUGGAGCGGAGGGGAGGCGACGCAGCGCCGAUCGAAGCUUCAGUCGCGAGGCGAGGGCGCGAGAGAACGGUCGAAGAAGAGACUCCGACGAAGGCGACUGCAGAGGAAGCAGAGACGAGGAACGUGAAAAUGAGAGGACGAAACCGCGUGAGAGGCGUUCGCCCUUUACGCGACGGCAGAAGGGCGAAUCUCCUUCUCAACUAAGAUCCCCGCCGCAGCGGAGCAGACGCUCGCGAUCGCCGUUGUCCCUCUCUUCGGCAGUGGGCAGUGUCUAUACAGUGGAAAGCGACAGCGCCGAGGAUCCGCGAACUGCAAAGAAGAAGCGAAAGGAAAGGAAGAAACACAGGAAGAAAGAAGACGGGCACACACACGCGAAGCAGCGAUCGCCGUUUCUUGCGCGAGAGAGCCAGCAGCUCUGGAGGAAGCACUUUGUCGAGAGCCGUUCUGCGGAGAAAUCCAAAAGAAGGUCUCCACCGAGCGGCUGCGGAGGCCGCAGCGAAGAGCGUGGACCCCACGACAGGUCGUGCGAUGGACGCUCUUCAGAAGAAAAGGAAUCGCGAGGUCGCGAGUGUCCUGGCGACCUCCCCCCUCGGGCCCCCCGUAACCCACUCUUCGCCGCCUACGACCGAGAGAGCUACCGCGAGCUGAGAAGACGCCAAGAGUCUUGUAGUAGCCGUCGAGUCGCUGAGGGCACGCGAGGCGAACUUGACCUCUGGUGCCACGACCGAUUCCACGCGCGCAGCCCCUCGCCGAAGCGCCUGCGGCCGCCGAGCGUCUGGGACACGCGCAGAGGCCAGUGGCGCUCUCUCGCGGGCGGCGUAUAUGUGCCGCCGCGGCCGGAGGAAAUAGCCGAGCUCGAGAAAGAGCUUGCGCGAUACAAGCCGUCGCCUAGAGAGUGGAGGGCGGAGGACCGAGGCGCUUACGGCGCGCGCAAGGAUCGGAAAAACGGCGACAGGCGCGAUGCCAGUCGGUCGCCAGUGCGUCGCGGAAGUCCUGUCUACGAGUGA